AUGCGCGCUAACGAGCAGCAGGCUGGCGAACGUCUGCAGCCGGAGAUGGUGAUCGUAGACGGUGUCCCACCUGGUCCGUUCAAUAUUACCGUCGGUGUUGGCAAUGAGCUCGGGGAGCGGCGGACCAGGGGCAAGGACAUUGAUGGGCAGGCACUCUUGCUACAUGCUUGCUACGCCACUGCACUGCCAGGUGAAUACUCGAACCAAUGUACGUGGUUCUGCUUUGACGAGUAG